GCUAGUUUGGGCCCAUGUGUCCGGAAGCAGCCUCGGCUUCCUCUGCCUGUGUUUUGUGACGAUAAAAGCUUCGUAGAAGAAGCGCCGGAGUUGUGGGAACUUCUGUCCCGGCUGCUGUGACCGUGGGGGGCAGGCAGGGAGAGCCGGUGGACCACCGGCGAGCUGAAACAUGGGCCUCGUGGCGAGGAUACGAAAGGAGUGGUUCAUCGUCGGGAUCGUGCUGGUCAUCUUAUCGGCCAAGCUGCAGCCCAGCAUCGGAGUGAAAGGAGGUCCUUUAAAACCGGAGGUCACCGUAGCGUACAUCGCCGUCUCGCUCAUCUUCUUCAACAGCGGCCUGUCGCUAAAAACUGAGGAGCUGACCAGUGCGCUGCUUCACGUGCGGCUCCACCUCUUUGUUCAGUCCUUCACCCUCAUCUUCUUCCCACUCGCCGUUUGGCUGCUGCUCAAGGUGCUCUCACUGACCGCCAUCGACCAAUGGCUGCUCAGAGGGUUACAGACGGUGAGCUGCAUGCCCCCUCCGGUCUCUUCCGCCGUUAUUCUCACCAAGGCUGUCGGAGGCAACGAGGCCGCCGCCAUCUUCAACUCUGCUUUUGGAAGCUUCUUGGGAAUCGUCGUCACUCCUCUGCUUCUGCUGCUGUUUCUCGGCUCCUCGUCCUCCGUUCCCUUCUCCUCCAUCUUCUCUCAGCUCUUCAUGACGGUGGUGGUGCCUCUGAUCCUGGGUCAGGUGUGUCGCGGUUUCCUCAGGGAGUUUCUGGAAAGGCAAAAGCCCCCGUUCGGCGCCAUCAGCAGCGCCGUCCUCCUCAUGAUCAUCUACACCACCUUCUGCGAAACCUUCAGUAACCCCAGCAUCGAGCUGGACCCCACCAGCCUGCUGCUGGUCGGCCUUAUCAUUUUCUCCAUCCAGAUCAGCUUCAUGCUGCUCACAUUUGCCUUUUCCACCAGGCCAGGCUCCAGGUUCAGCCCCGCGGACACCGUCGCCAUCAUGUUCUGCUCCACACACAAGUCUCUAACCCUGGGUAUCCCCAUGUUGAAGAUCGUGUUUGAGGGCUAUGAGCACCUGUCUCUGAUCUCAGUCCCUCUCCUGAUCUACCAUCCGGCUCAGAUCCUGCUCGGCUCCGUCCUCGUGCCGACCAUCCGCAGCUGGAUGACCAGCCGGCAGAAGGCGGUGAAGCUGUCAGCGCUGCAGCCCAUCUGACAUGAAAUGUUGGCUUUUGUGAAGUUACUGAUGUCUCAUACAAAAGGGAACUAUGGUGGAGGAUUGCAGUGGUCACACGUGCCUUAUUGCUACCAAUCAACGAAGACCUCAGCCUAGCGGAAAGAACGAGAGGAACCGCCUCAGUUCUUGUCUUUCUAUGAUGAGGAAGGACUCCUCUUUCCAGCACAUAUAUUGUUUUAUAUUAAACUAAGUGCGAGUUCUAUUUUUAUAUGGAUUUUGGAGCCAGAAGGAUGAAGUUAUUUGGACCAGUCUUUUCUCUUUUCUGCUGUUUUCAACAUUUUUCUACCUUCCCACUAGCGGUCGCUGCCUGCGUCAGUGUUUGUUACAUGGACGAUCUGGAUAAUCUGAUACUUAAUAUACUGUAUUGUAACAGCCAAUUGGAUUUUGGACACUUUCUAAAAUGCCGUUUGUCUUACAAGUAGUUUUUUGGUGGUGUUUAGUUGAGUGGAGGAUGUUGGUACAUUAAUACUGGAGUAGUGAGUCCAAGUUUACAGGUCAAAUUUUUUGUUAAUGACUUGGUUCACUUGUUUCUAUAUGGCUGUCUCAGUUUAAUUCCUGGCCUGCUUCCCUCAGAUUCUAACCAAAUCUGUCACCCAUAAGGGCAUUUAUGUCUCGGACCAAUAAGGAGAGCUUUGGGCUCUCAGUAAGGAUCCUGUUAAAUAGUAACAAAGCACAAAAGAAGCAGGACUGGGUAAAGCUGAUAUUAUUGUUUGGUAUGAGAUACCUGCCAGUCUGUUGUUAUUGGCAUUUAAUAUUGCAAAAUUAAAAAAAGUAAAGAGAUGGGGGGCAAUUUUCUUACAAUGUCUUAACAUUGCAGAUUUUUUCCUGGGGGGCACUCUGCAACGUUCCACAAACAAUCGGAGCAGGCAGGACGUGAACAAGUAAAUAAAUCACCAGAUAUAAGAAAUGUUAAAGUGAAAGCAGAAUAUCAGAGUUUUAAACCACCAAAUAUCAGAAUCAGAAAUCCUGCAUCACUCAAGCUCUAGAAUAAAGAUCUAAAUAAACCUCUGAACAUAGCUGUAGAAUAUGGUAUUAUCUAAGGAAAUAAUAUAGCUGAUUGUAUAUCACACCAACCAAAGUCUACAGUAAACACGUAAAUGUUUUUUGGGAGGAAAAAUCUAGAACUCCAGAGUCUUAGAGUCCCUCCACACUCGAGGCUGCUGGGCUCCAGAGCUGCAACUUUAAAAUACAAUAAUAGAUUUCAGACCUCUAGAAUCUAGAUUUGCAUAACAAAAUUUUGUGACAUGAGGUCUGGAGCUGCUUCACCUUAUUCAGAGGUAUGACAGCGAAUGAGUUAUCUCAUUAGAACAGCAGCACACGAUCUUCACUAAAACGUUGUUCUAGUCCAUCUCGUUCUGUGGACCAAACAGAAAUGCACACCAGUGAGGAGAAAGGGUGGGAAUUUGCUCAGGGGAACUUUGGUAGUAUUUUUCUAUUUUGUUCUUUGCUCUAACGACUUAGCCUUACAUCCUUCUGGUAAAUUAUGACAACUCUGACUUCCAUUUUUCUUUAAGGGCUUUCACGCUACGUAAUAGCACAACUCCACCAAGCCUCAGAGGACACACUGGAGGGCCUUACAGUAGCUCUGUGCACAGCUAACUCUGUAUCUGUUGUAGCUUAAAGUAGUGCUAGCAUGUUAAAAUUACCGUCACUAUCCUUUCUAACACUGAAUUACAGAUAGCAGCAUCAUGAGGUUUACUCUGCUUUGUUGGUACGUCACUACAGAUGCCCGUUGGUUUUCACCACCAUGCUGCUCAACCAGUCAAAUCCAGUAGUGAGCAGAUUGUAUUCAGCUUCAGUCCCACAUUACAGUAUUUUUUUUUUAGUCUGUAGUCGUCAUGUGUACCUAACCUUACACUGGAAAAAGAAGAAACCACACAUUGUCCAUCCUUUGAACUUAUUUCUAUAUCCAGGAGACUCCUGUUACUUCUGGCUCACAUUAUCACCAAACAUCGCCUGUGGAGUCGCAAU